AUGUCUUCAGUGAACGGGAACGACCAUGGACACCAGCUUACACCUCCAAAAUGGCAUCUACCCAGUCAAUUCACCUCUUUCCAUGCCUGGGGUACCCCCCAAAUUGCCUUUGUGGACAAGACAGAUGUCAUCGCGCUUUUGCCUGAACGAUUUCGAUAUCUGCUCCUCCUUCCUCCCCGCUAUGGCAAAACCAUGCUCGUGUCCAUGCUCACUUUGUACUACGGUCUUCACGGCUUCUCCGACUUUCCGGAGCACUUCAGAGCGCUCAAUAUCGCCAAGAAGGUCCCAACCCCACAUAACCGGCAUAUCUACCUGUCUUUCGACUUCGGCCCUCUUCGUGGACAAAAGACCUUGGACUCGAUUUCAUGCGCGCUGGAUGAUGUAAUAGAUGUCGCGUUCUCUGAACUUGGAGUUUGCUAUCGCUACCAGCUUGGCAUAAUACACUGGGCCGAAAAACGUCCCAAUGAAGUUGUGUGGUUACUGGAUCUUAUAGAGCAAAAGGGCUACUCGCUAUUUGUCAGCGUCGAUAAUUAUGAUGCUCUCUUUCAUCCUGUUGGUGAACCCAUUUCUCAAAGCUUCUACCGCGAUGCCAUUGCGCUGUUGGAGGCGCGGUUUUGGACCCCACUCCGUGCGGAUGUUGUUCACAAGCUGAUUGUAACGGGUGUCUUUUUACUUCCUGGGCUCGAUCUGCCGCCCAGAAUACCCGCCGAGUUCAUCAAUGGUUGCGGAUUCACUGAGCUGGAGGCAACUAACCUAGCCUCCCUAUUUCUUGGCCAAUCAAUGGAUGUAGAUCGGCUUCGUUCGACCUGCAAUUACUCUGCUCCUGGCAGCACAUAUUCCACAUUCCAUCCUCAACUUGUGCUAGAUUGGAUAGCCGUCCAAGAUUCUCCAAAUGACGAGGAACUCUACGAGUCUUAUGCGACACUGGCCGAUAUGCUCAAGUGCCUACCUACUUCUUCCUCGAAUCCGAAUGUCGCCUCGCAGGACGGUCUGAUCGCGUUGCUCACUGUCGGUCGAGUGAAAAUCACGGAACUCGACGCUUUUGCUGAAGACGACCCCACCAAAAUUACGUGGGCUGCCAUUCUGCAAGCUGGCGGCUUGAUUCCUGAUGCUGAAGCGGACCACUAUAAGAUUUUCAACAAACAUGUCCUCUCCUUGAUCCAUGCUCAGGUUGAUCGCCUUGUGCUCAAACGCUACGAUUCAAAUUUCGCAUUUAUGAUCACGUGGGGCGAUUACUGUAUCUGGAAUCGCACUGCACCGUUCACAGGUCUGCUCGCCAAGAUUCUUCACGACAUGCUGCGCUUCACGUUCUUUGGUCUCCAGCCAGAACCCACAUUGCUCGGUGUCUUCGAGCUUAUAUUCCGUUACAAAGAAGCUCUGGAGCGUUGGCCGUUGUUGCCAUUUAUACUACGCCCUCGACAAGCUGACCCCAUGCCCAUCACCGUCAUUCUUCCCACACGUAGCUGGCUCCCAGAAUUUAUGGAUCUAGAGCUUGUCAACUUAUCUCUGGAAGGGAUGUGGUAUGGCCUGCAUGCCAACGACUUGGACCAACGCCGACCGACACCAGGGGAACUCGAGGCGUUGUUUGAUCAUUUUUGUGGACUGGACAUUCCGGAGCUCGUUCAGCAACCGUAUCGAGCCUCGCUGAAUGACUCGACCGUUGUAACAGUCGAGAGCUUUACCAACUGCGUGGUGACGGCCCCCCGGUUUGUUUCCGUUGGCGGCGCCCAUGUUGUCGGUUCACAUUGGUUGCCUGACGGUGUUGUCGAGAACUGA